AUGGAGAAAAUCGCUCGUGAACGAUGGCAGUGGACCAUGCCGGAGGACAACACUCCGAAGCUCAAGGUCAACAAUUCCCUGACGAGGAAUAAAGAUGAAUUCCGACCUGCUAACGGAAAAACUGUCAAAUGGUACUCAUGCGGACCGACUGUUUAUGAUCACUCACACAUGGGUCACGCUAGAUCGUACGUCUCUUUCGAUAUCAUUCGCCGAAUUCUUCGAGAUUACUUCGGCUACGACGUGUUCUACCAAAUCAACAUCACUGACAUCGACGACAAGAUUAUCAAACGAGCUCGACAGCAACAUCUGUUUCAGAACUGGAAAAACUCCAGCCCUUCUAAGGACGAAGUAAUUGAGCAUGCGAACAAAGGAAUCGAACGUUUCCAAGCGAAGUUUGAAGAAGAAACAGAUCCUGAUAAGAAAACAAUGUACAAUAACCACUUGACAGCAGCGCGCAACUCAGUUGAGAAUUUCGAGUCCAUCGAGAAAGUUUUGGACACUUGCGUCGACUCCAUCUCUGAUUAUCUCGAUAAACAAUUAGGCUCUUCUGUUACUGACAAUUCGAUCUUCGAUGCUCUCCCUCGAUUCUGGGAGAAAAAGUACUUCGAGGACAUGCAAGCGCUGAACAUUGAAGAUCCUGAUUGCCUAACUCGCGUGUCAGAGUACGUGCCGGAAAUUGUCGACUUCGUUCAGAAAAUCAUCGACCAAGGAUACGCUUACGAAUCCAAUGGAUCAGUUUACUUCAUGGUGGAUCAUUAUAACAACAGUUCAAAUCAUUAUUAUGCAAAAUUGGUUCCUGAAGCUGUCGGUAAUAAAGAUGCCAUCGCAGCGGGUCUAGCUGAAGGAGAAGGGUCAUUGGCUGCCUCUGGUAGUGAGAAGCGAUCAGAAUCUGACUUCGCUCUUUGGAAAAACUCGAAGCCCGGCGAGCCAUCGUGGGACUCGCCUUGGGGAAAAGGUCGCCCGGGAUGGCACAUUGAGUGUUCGGUAAUGGCGUCUGACAUUAUGGGCAAAACGAUGGACAUUCACUCCGGGGGAGUCGAUCUCAAAUUCCCGCACCAUGACAAUGAGCUGGCGCAAUCUGAAGCCUGCUGGGGAAAUGACAACUGGGUCCAGUACUUUUUACACACUGGCCAUUUAACAAUCGCUGGCUGCAAAAUGUCCAAAUCGUUGAAGAACUUUAUUACUAUCAAAGAUGCGCUGAAGAAAAACUCUGCCCGUCAAAUUCGACUUUCUUUCCUUCUCCACGCUUGGGAUAAAACCCUUGACUACUCAGACAACACCCUCGCCGACGCUGUGCAAUAUGAAAAGUCCAUUUCCGAGUUCUUUGCCAAUAUUAAAGCCGCUCUUUUGAACGAUGACGGGAUCCUGAAAAAAUGGGGAGCGCCGGAGAAAGAGCUCUUCGCCGAUUUCCAAGCGGCUCAAAAUGAUGUCCAUGCUAAAUUAUGUGAUAAUUUGAAUACGCAUGGUGCUUGCAUGGCCCUGAGAGAUAUUGUUUCGUCGACGAAUAAAUAUUUGGCGAAACAAGAAAAUCCUGAUUUUAAACUUCUUAGAAAUGUAGGAGCUUACGUUACUAAAAUCCUGAAAUGCUUCGGCUGCAUGAACAGUGAUGAGCGAAUCGGCUUCCCCGCGGAAGGCCAAGCCCAGAAUCAGAAUAUGGACCAGCUUGUCGCUCCUUAUCUUCAGUGUUUAGCUCAAUUCAGACAAGAAAUUCGAAAUACGACGCGGGGAGAUAACUCCGAUCUUUCGAAGAAGCUCAUGCAAAUGUGCGACGAUUUGCGGGACAUGAAGCUUGUCGAUUUGGGUGUCAGAUUGGAGGAUAAGAUGGACGAAACUGGAAAGCCUAUUAUUAAACUUGGCAACAGAGAACAGUUACUCGCUGAUCGUGCUGCCAAGGAAGAAGAAAAACGAAAGAAAGAAGAGCAGAAACGCGCCCAAGCCGAGAAAAAGCCCGAGAAGAAGCUGAAAAGGACAAGAUCGCAACAUUUGAAGUUGUACACGCAAUGGAACGAUGCUGGUCUUCCGACGCAUAGGAAAAAUCCAGAAAGUGGCGAAGAGGAAGAAAUUCCCAAAUCCGCGUUGAAAAAACUGACGAAAGAGCUAAACGCACAAAAGUCCAAGCACGAUAAGUGGCUGAAGAAACAGCAAUCCUGA